UCAAUCAUGAAACGUCAGUGAAUUGUCAACAAAAGAAAAUUUGAAAUGUCGGCAGCAGAGCUUCUUCAAAUUUUCCUGAUGUCCGAGAGGAUCCGGCAGUUGAGGAUGCGUGCUCUGAUCCAUCAAAGGAUCAGUUCCUCUGCUAGACAGCGAGCAAAACGUCUCACGAUGAUUUAUCUCGCAACAGUGGCCAGAGAAAAGACUAGUUUGCAAGCCUUGCCACCAAUCAAAGUAUUCACUUCAAAGGAAAUGACAAAGCUAUCAGAGGAAGAUUACUUGGAGAAAUUUCACAUUUCCAAGGCGUCUUUCUGGUUCAUAUUGGACAAACUUUCCUUCCAUUUGUGCAAGAGGGAAUUGAGAGAUACUCCUUUAUGGAAGCAAAUAGCAGUUUCCCUUUAUAUCCUGGCCACUACGGAAUCCUUAAAAUCUAUCGGAGAUAUGUUUGGAAUGGAAAGGAGCAGUGUAGUGAAGGUAUUCCUGGAGUUUUGCUAUGGAAUCAAUCUGAUUUUCCAGGAAGAAUACAUGAAAGGCUAUCCGCCAACAUCUGAGGGCAUAUCAACGAUAAGAAAAGGAUUUGAAACCACCUCUGGAUUGUCCCAGGCCUACGGAGCUGUUGGAGUAUACCAUGUCGAUGUUAAGGAAACGGACAAAAGAGCAAGGACUCCUGUGCAAAUCCUGGUAGUUGCUGAUCACAGGAAUAAAUUUACUUAUGUGGAAAUCGGCCAACCCGGAGAUAAUUCGAAUAUGUUUGAGAGAUCUGCCCUCAAGGAUUACCACAAGUGCAACAAAUUGUUCUACAGCAUGUCCCGGAAGUUGGGCGGUACUUCUGUUCCGAUGUUUCUCAUUGGAGAUGCCUCAUUUCACCUGCAACCCUUCCUCAUGACACCCUUCCAGCAUGCGAAUCUCUCUCCGCAGGAGCUCUACUUCAAUGCUGUCCUCCUGAAAACCCAUUUGAGUGUGGAAAAUGCUUUUGCUCAGGUGAAAAAGCGUUUUCCGCGAAUAGAAACCUGCAAGGAUAUUCAGGUGGACGUAAUUCCAAUACUUACCAAGACACUCUGUAUAAUGCACAAUAUCCUAUUGGAGAGGAAUGAUCUGCUGCAGGAAUCAGUUGCCAUAGAUACCAUCCCACCUGUUAUUCCAAGUGCAAUUGACGAAGAUGGAAUGGGAAUGACAAUCAGGGAUGAAAUUGCAAAAGACCUUUUUAGCUGCUACAGGUCGCUUGGGCAUUAGCGGAGUCGGUGGGCGUUCUGGACUGACCUUCAUGGUCUCUUCAGCAUCUGGAGGAUCUAGUGAGACCACGCUGUGGUUUGAAUUGGACUCCAAAUUGUUCAUGAAUUCGCUGUCGUCAGACUUUAAGGGAUCAUUUGACAUCGGAUGGUUUAGCAUCAUGGAGUGCAUGUCGUUGUAGAAUAACCAAGUGGUUCUGUACUUUGGAUUUUCCUUCAUUCUGCUCUUCUCGGUUCUAUAGAAAAGAGACAGGUUCGUCAAGUAUUAAAUAUGAACUUGAAAUUGAUGCCAAGAAAUAAACUACCUGUAUUUGGACUGUAA